AUGCCACGGUUCGACUUGCUACAUUGUCCUCAAAAACUGAUUCGACCAGACAUUAUUCUGAAUUCUGCCCGAAUCAAUACGGUGAAAAUCUUACUGGUGGUAGUAGGCUUCUCUCCUUUCCAGGACUGCCAAAUAUUCUUUAUUCGACCAUCGCAAUUGCCGUUACUGUCAACGAUGAACGUUAAUAUCCACAAUUCCUACUGCUUUUCCAAUUUGGUACAACUUCACCUUAAGUCUCACAAUUCGUUGCUGCUGUUAACAAAACAAGCUGGAAAUCGAAUGUGCACACUCGACGUGCAGAUUCCACCGACCGAGAUGCUAUUCGGUGAUCAUCUAUUCAGGUAG